UCGGUGCGCAUUUCUUUCAUACCCUCUCCAAAUCCAGUCUGGUGGUCACUUCCGACUCACUUGAUGAAGAGUCGCUACCCGACUCGAAUAUCAAGCACGUAGCCCUCGUCCUCUGUACAGCAAGCACGUUCAGAUAACAGCUUCACUGAUUCCGCAGUCAAUAACAACAGAAGCGCUGAAUAUAAUAUCCGCCUGGACCUCAUGGAUGCUGAUUUAGGACUUUCGAAAUGAUUAUCAUAAUAGUCUAAGUCCUGCUAGCAUUAUGAUAUCCACGGGACUGGACACGUUACUGGAAAAUUUGCCAUGCCUCAUAAUCGCCAAGUCUCGUACAUCGCCAGGGUAUCAUUUUUGUCAUGACUUUUGCAAAGGGCAUCCCACUGGAUAGCGCCGCGAUAAUGUCAAUAGUGCUGGAAAGUAUAUUAUACGGCUUUUCUGUCCUGAUGUUUAUCGGCACCAUCUGGGCGCUGACCUACAAACGUCACAUGCGGGACGUCAAUCGCCCAAUCACUGCUGUUGCCGUCCUGCUGUUCGCGCUAAGCACUGCGCACAUGGUCAUAGAUAUUAUUCGGACUGAAGAAGGACUGAUACAAUUCCGCGACGAGUUUCCUGGCAGGCCGGAUGCAUUUUUCGCAGACAUCUCCCAAGAAACCUUUGUAAUCAACAACACAAUAGUUGUUUUGCAAACUUUACUUGGCGAUGGGGUGGUGAUUUAUCGUUGUUACGUCGUUUGGCAAACCGUCUGGGUUAUCAUCGUACCCAGCAUACUGUGGUGCAGUGUCGCAGUGACCGGUGGAUACUCGAUCUACAGCUUUUCCCAUACAACCAGUAUCUCCAGAAGAGUCUUCAGCCAUGCGACUCGCCAAUGGAUCUCUGCAUUUGCUGGCUUGACAAUUGCCAAUAAUUUGUUGAGUUCAGGGUUACUGGCCUACCGCAUCUGGGAAAUCGAAUGCAAUGUCGCUAAAAGUCGCACCACGAAGAUCACCACGACGAGUAUACUACGCGUGCUUAUGGAUGCUGCUGUUUUAUACUCCAUAGCACUCCUCUGCACAUUAAUCACUCUGGUCUGCUCGAACGCUGGACCGCUCGUCAUGAUAGAACUGCUCACACCGAUCAUCUCCAUUGUUUUCUACAUGAUAAUCAUUCGAAUCGCAAUGGGCAGAAACCAUCACAGUCAUAUCUCGACUGUCCGUGGAGGGUCGACCAGUGAGACGAAUCAAGGAAACUUGCAGCACUAUCCUCUGCAACCUUUGCAGAUACAUAUAUCUCGAUUUACGCACACUGAUGGUGCCUCAGUGUACAGAAAUGGAAGGCAGGACCGACCAUCGACAGGCAAGGAGGUGUUUGUGGAGGGGGCAUCUCACAACGUGUAAUUAGAUGAUUCAUGAAUAAUGACUGCACGUGAUAGUAUCAGUAGUACGAUGUCUUUUUAAAUAACUUAUUAUAUAUAUACUGGGUUGACGAUCGUU